CUGUCUGGUAACCCAGUGGAUCUGGAGAAGCGCCACACGGCAUUUGGGAAGAACUUCAUCCCUCCUAAAAAGCCUAAGUCCUUCCUGGCGCUGGUGUGGGAGGCUCUACAGGAUGUUACUCUCAUCAUCCUGGAGAUUGCUGCCGUCAUCUCCCUGGGCCUGUCAUUCUACCACCCCCCUGGGGGAGAUAGCGAGCGUGAGUAGUACACCCUAACCCGGGGAAGUUAGGAAAGGUGCGAGAGGGACUGGGGCAUGAAGAGUGUUUUUUGGGGGGUUGUAAAAGUUGUGUUUUGGUCCUGUAUUAUUCACUUGGUCAUGUUUUGUUCCUGUUCCACUGACCUGGUUGUGUGGCGGUUCUGUUUCAUUGACCUGGUGGAGUUUCAGUUCUGUUCCACUGACCUGGUCGUGUUUUGGUACAUUAUUAUUAAACCUGGUCGUGUUCUGGCUCUGUGUUCUGGUUUCCCCAGUGUGUGGUGAGACAGCGCCGGGAGUGGAGGAUGAGGGGGAGGCGCAGGCGGGCUGGAUUGAGGGCGCCGCCAUCUUGUUCUCCGUGGCAAUCGUUGUCUUGGUGACAGCGUUUAAUGACUGGAGCAAGGAGAAGCAGUUCCGUGGGCUGCAGAACCGCAUCGAGCAGGAGCAGAAGUUCACCGUCAUCCGCAAGGGCCAGGUCAUCCAGAUCCCCGUGUCUGAACUGGUGACAGGAGACAUCGCCCAGAUCAAAUAUGGUAAGACAUGGUUCAGAUAAAACACAGUAAGACGUGGUUCAGUUAAAACACGGUAAGACAUGGUUCAGAUAAACGCGGUAAGACAUGGUUCAGUUAAAACGCUGUAAGACGUGGUUCAGUAAAAAAUACGGCAAGACAUGGUUAAAAUAAAACACAGUACGGCAUCGCCCAGAUCAAAUAUGGUAAGACAUGGUUCAGAUAAAACACAGUAAGACAUGGUUCAGAUAAAACACAGUAAGACAUGGUUCAGUUAAAACACGGUAAGACAUGGUUCAGAUAAAACGCGGUAAGACAUUGUUCAAAUAAAACGCUGUAAGACGUGGUUCAGUUAAAAUGCUGUAAGACGUGGUUCAGUUAAAACGCUGUAAGACAUGGUUCAGUUAGAAAUACGGUAAGACAUGGUUCAGUUAGAAAUACGGUAAGACAUGGAUCAGAUAAAACACGGUAAGACAUGGAUCAGAUAAAACACGUAAGACAUGGUUCAGAUAAAACACGUAAGACAUGGUUCAGAUAAAAAACGGUAACCCCUGGUUCAGAUAAAACAUGGUAAGACAUGGUUCAAAUAAAACAUGGUAAGACAUGGUUCAAAUAAAAUGUGGUAUGACAUGGUUCAGUUAAAACGCUGUUAGACAUGGUUCAGUUAAAAAUACGGUAAGACAUGGUUCAGAUAAAACACUGUAAGACAUGGUUCAGAUAAAACACGGUAAGACAUGGUUCAGAUGAAACACAGUACAACAUCGCCCAGAUCAAAUAUGGUAAGACAGGGUUCAGAUAAAACGUGAUAAGACAUGGUUCAGAUAAAACGUGGUAAGACAUGGUUCAGAUAAAACAGUGUAAGACAUCGUCCAGAUAAAAUAUGGUAAGACAUGGUUCAGAUAAAACACGGUAAAACAUGGUUCAGAUAAAACACGGUAAGACAUGGUUCAGAUAAAACACGGUAAGACAUGGUUCAGAUAAAACAUGGUAAGACAUGGUUCAAAUAAAAUGUGGUAUGACAUGGUUCAGUUAAAACGCUGUUAGACAUGGUUCAGUUAAAAAUAUGGUAAAACAUGGUUAAGUUAAAACACGGUAAGACAUGGUUCAGAUAAAACAUGGUAAGACAUGGUUAAAAUAAAACACAGUACAACAUCGCCCAGAUCAAAUAUGGUAAGACGUGGUUCAGAUAAAACACAGUAAGACAUGGUUCAGAUAAAACACUGUAAGACAUCGUCCAGAUAAAAAUAUGGUAAGACGUGGUUCAGAUAAAACACAGUAAGACAUGGUUCAGAUAAAACACGGUAAGACAUGGUUCAGAUAAAACACUGUAAGACAUGGUUCAGUUAAAACACGGUAAGACAUGGUUCAGAUAAAACACGGUAAGACAUGGUUCAGAUAAAACACGGUAAGACAUGGUUCAGUUAAAACACGGUAAGACAUGGUUCCGUUAAAUCAUGGAAAGACAUGGUUCUGUUAAAACACGGUAAGACAUUGUUCAGUUAAAAUGCAAUAAGACAUGGUUCAGUUAAAACAUGGUAAGACAUGAUUCAGAUCAAAUACAGUAAGACAUGAUUCAGAUCAAAUACAGUAAGACAUGAUUCAGAUCAAAUACAGUAAGAGACUUAGCUUCAAUUAAACAUGCUGUAAUAUUCCCCAGACAGGAUACAGUGAACCAAUAUAAUGAGGUAACACAUUGACCAAAAGUACGACGGUAGGGAAUAUAACUGUGUAACUGUUUCCUAGGUGACCUACUGCCAGCUGAUGGUAUCCUGAUCCAGGGCAAUGACCUGAAGAUCGAUGAGAGCUCUCUGACCGGCGAAUCAGACCAAGUCAGGAAGUCACUGGAGAAGGACCCCAUGCUGCUGUCCGGUGAGAGCGGCUGUUCAUAAUAUCACUAUUAUCAGACAUUCAAUAUCCCAGUCAGGACCUUUUAUUUAGUUGCUACAUCCAUUUUUUGGACUUAAUGCACCUUUAAAGCUAGAAUCCGCAGUUGAAACAAUAACAAAGCGUCCGUCCCGCUUCUGUUUUUGUAAAAAGCUGAAGGAUGGGCCUGAAGAAAUGUAACCACUCUCAAAUUCAUAGACAGAGCUAUGGAUGCAAGGACUGACCAUCCAUGAUAUAAAAAUGAUAGUUUGAAGCAUAUUUUGAUGCUAUACAAAGUUUGUUUACAUUUACGUUGUUUACAAACAUUGGAGUAAAACAAUAUUAUACUUUAGGUUCUGAUGGGGUAAGACAGUUGAACUAAGCUCAUGAGGCAUUUAUAAGUUAUAUUCUUCACGAAUCAAUGGGUAUAUAUCACUAAUUUAUAUGUAGCAACUAAGGAUUCUAGCUUUAAUGAUAACAUAAGACGUGUGAUGCAGUAUAUGGAGACUGAAAAUAGAGGACACAAUGAAAUAACAUGCAGUACAGUCAUUCAAACAUACAGUACAGACAUUCAAACAUACAGUACAGCACAGUCAUGACCUUUCUGUUUAUGUGCUAGUAUCCUCUCUUAUCUCUCUCUCUCUCUCUCUCUCUCUCUCCUUCCCCCAUCUCUUCUUGUCCUAUCUCUUUCCCUCCCUCCUUCCUCCAGGCACCCAUGUGAUGGAGGGAUCAGGCAGAAUGGUGGUGUCUGCGGUGGGUCUCAACUCCCAGACUGGAAUCAUCUUCACUCUGCUUGGGGCGGGAGACAGCGACGAGGAAAAGAAGAUCAAGAAAGGUGAGAGAUAACAGGGAGAAAAUGACAAACGCAUAUCGCCAUGGUAACAGUUCACAGAGAGUCAGUGACUUGCUUUUUACAAAUGGUCUCCUUUCUGCGUGUUUCUAUCUGCCGAGCUCUCUCUCUCUUUCUACGUGAGAUCUCUGUUUGCUGGUUCCCUGAGGUAAGAUUCUGGUGGGAGGAUGAGUAACUACAGUCAGUUGAACUCUAGAAUUAUGUAAAGAGGAUUGGGAGAGCCAUGAUAGACACUGUACUAUGGAGGCCAGAGGUUCUGAAUGCUCAGUUUCAUUGACAUCUCUGUCCUAUCCUUAUUUAUCGAAUCCCUGGUGUUAGAUUUCACAUCCAAGCCAAUGCCCUUUCUAGACCACUCCUUCCCAGAAGUGGUUCUGUUCAUGGACGAAUUGGUGGUCAAUCUAUGUCCGUACCACAGACUUACUGUCAGGAAAAAAAAGAUUUUCAUUCUCCACUCCUUCAUUACAUUUACUUUUUAGUCAUUUAGCAGACGCUCUUAUCCAGAGUGACUUACAGUUUAGUGAGUGCAUACAUGUUCAUACUUCAUCCCUCCCUCCCUUUCGUAUCUGUUCUAUUAAAUCUAUGACAUCACAGGCGCUGAAGUAAGAAGAGCUAAAAGGGUGACAUCACUUUAUGUGUUCAACCUCUGUCAUGUAUCCACCUCUCGAAGGACUUGAUGUGGUGAAGCUUGUGAAUAGAUAUGAUCACAUUAAACAACACAGGCCUCCCAAUACAAUUGAUCUGUGUAUCUAUCAAUAUGGUCUCUAAUGAGCGUGUGUUCCGUACUAACACUUCACUGCGUCUUCUUUUCUGUUUGGUAAGAGUUUUUUGCUAAGAUUUCAGUUCUUCAGGCAUUCAUUCUAAAGGGGCUGAAUGCGCCAGCUCAGAGGAGGGAGCUGCAAGGCAACAACUCAUUCCAAUUGGCAUCUCAUGUCAUCACAGAAUUAGACUGUGAUUUAAAUUGUUCAUGAAACCGCAGAGCACCACCACCACAAUCUUAAUGUUAUGGGUUUAUAAGAAAGUAGAUCAGAGCAAGUACAGGCUAGAAACACACACACACACACACACACACACACACACACACACACACACACACACACACACACACACACACACACACACUGGCUGCAACACAGGCACACACACUAGGUGUUGAAAUGGCUGUCUUCCUCUGAGACAGGUGUGUACAGAGAGGAUGGAAACAGAGAGCAGACUGCUGUUAAGUGCUGUGUCACCUCCACUCCACACACACACUCCCACACUGCCCCCUCACAUUCGCACACACUCUCACCUCCCAUACGCUCACUCAUGCACAUACACUUCCCCUUCACGCACUCACACUAACACACACACACACACACAGUCAAACACGUACACACACACCUCUGCCAGAGACACAUACUGAUACAGUGACUCAGAGAGCAGAGGAUGGGGCAGAGACUGGCUGACUGAGGCUUCAGGGUAUUUUGCUGCUCAGCUGACAAAUGCUACACACACACACAACUGAUCUCCACAUACUCCCCCCCCCCCCCCCCCCCCCUCUUUCAGGGCUACACACACCUUGAACUGACACACACACACACACACACACACACACACACACACACACACACACGCACACACACACACACACACACACACACACACACACACACAACUGAUCUCCACAGACACCCCCCCCCCCCCCCCCUUUCAGGGCUACACACACCUUGAACUGACACAUACACACACACACACACACACACACACACACACACACACACACACACACACACACACACACACACACACACACACACACACACACACACACACACACACACACACACACACACACACACACACACACACUGCUCCCUUCACCACCACUCUCAGGCAGAAGGAGAAAAACACCUGCGGCAGUGCAGCCUCUUCCUCUGUCUGACAUCAAUCUGAAAUGACUGCUUCCCUGAAUGUCAAGACAGGGGCAUGAGUGAAUGGAUGGGGUGUGUGUGUGUGUGUGCGCGCAUGUGUUUUUAUAAACUUACUGCCGUUAGUUACACAUGUAUUGAUUGAAACAGACAAGAGCCCAGUGUAACCAGUCGUCAGUAACAGACCUACUGUCUAUGGGUGGAUGCUCUACUUUACUCUACAGCCUUAAACCAACUAGUGCUCUCUCUCUCCUCUAAUGGCCCGUUCCAGCCCCCAACACACAUGUGAAUUUAUAUUGUUUUGAACUUCUGUUCUGUUUGGUUUUAUGAUUUUUUAUUUCCUUUAAGCCAUGUUGUCAGCAUUCCGCAUUCUCUCUCUCUGUCUGAACAGGUAAAAAACAAGGACCCCCCGAAAAUCGCAACAAAGGUAACCCUUCCCUCCAGCCCUCCCUCCCCCCUCCAUUCAGCAGCAGUCUGGGAGUCUCGUGUCAGUCUCACUCUGUCUUUUUUGUCUCACACUCUCCCUCUCUCUCUCACUCUCGCUUCCCUCCACCUGCUGAAAAGGGGAGGUUCUUCUCGCCUCGCUUUACCUGUGAAAGGAUGCAACUCUCACCUGCCACUGGCCGUCAAUGCUACCUUAGCAGACCCAAUCAAUCACUAAGUUAGCUAGGGUUAGCAUUCAGCACUACUGUUGUUGACUACAGUUAUAUCCUUCAGCGCUAUAUGGGGUUAAAAUAACACAACAACUCCAGUAGAUUUGUAUCCCUUGUAGAGCUAAAUGGGGUUAGCUUUAUCUCGCUCACAGAGCUGCAGAAGGGUUAGUUCUAGAAGUUUCACCAUCCUCACAUGCUAUGUUGAGAUUGAAAAGAAACAUGCCACAUACAUUUUUUUUAUCUCAAUGAGACUAACCACAUGCAUGUGAGGGUACAUGUUUGUUUGUGUUUGUGUGUGUGUCAGAUGUGGAGAGGUCAGAUACAUUUAAUAAGGACCUGGGUGUUGUAGCUCUUCCAGCUUGCCUGGCCUGGACGGUCCACCCUCCCACCCUCUAUGUGGCGUGUCAUUCAGAACUCAUCCAAGCUGUGUCCCCCCCGCCUCCCUCCUCACACACCCUACCCUCCCCCAGCCUCCCAGGGCCUGAGCAUCUGCUACUUACAGACCCCCCCCCUCACAUCCACAGCCCUCCUGCCCUCUCCUUCCCCUCGCCCUUGGACUUUAUAACUAGUAAACAGCUUCUCUCCUUUCUAGCAUGUAGAAAUAUGAAUUGGGACAUGUCGACCCAACCUGCAUUCACUUCACAACAUAUCAUAUUCUGAAAAUGUCUACAUACUUAUUUUAAUUGAGUAGUGAACACAGUGUAGCUUUAUGGACGCCAAGUCAUCUCUGGCUCUUGAGAGUAAAUGGAAUGGGAGUUGUAGGACCCCUGAUACCAUGCUCCAAAUACGUUUCAAGGAUCUGGGAAUUUGGUAGUAGUGAUUGGGCUUAGUGUAAAAGAGAAGGGAUCUUAACAGAAUUCUAAUAGACAUUCUACUAUUCUAUCUAAUGCUAACACUAGAACUAGAAUCUCUAGGGGUUAGGGAGACUGCGUUAGCUUUGGGAAGUGGCUCAGUGUGGGAAUUGCACCCUGACAUUAUCAAUUGGCUGUGGACUGUUGUCUGUUCUGUUCUGUUUUUGUAUUCUGUUUAUUUUCUUUCUUUAAUUUCUCUCACUGUUGCCUCUUUCCAGGAUGUUGCUCAGGACCUCAUGCUGUCUCGUACUCCUCACAAUCACUGUUUUACCUCUUUCUUUCUCUCUCUCUCUGUCUUUCGCUAAAAAAAAAACACCUCUGGAGAUUUGCAGCCUCCUCUUCUACCUCUUCUUACCCUCCUUCUAUUUUUGUGGUGGUUGUAUCGCUCUGCUUGGUUUUUUGGGUAUCUUUUUGCAGUUUGUCGGUUUCUUUGUUUGUUGACUUGUUUUUUUUCUUCGUGACACACACUCGCCCCCUUCUUCGUCGUGGUCCGUGCUGCGUUUGUAAGUGCUGUGCGUGAGUCCGUCCGUUCGUCCGUCUGCCAGUCCAGUCAGUGUGUGGCUGUGUUUAUUCGGGUCUGUUCUAAUUGGUUUUGUGUUGAGACUGGUGGCCUGUUUGCUCAACACAGGGGGACUCAUGUAAAGUCAUAUUAUCAAGGCAAAACAUAAGUAGACGGUACAAAAUGAUCCUGCUAGAUUGUGAAUGUACUGCUUUUGUGUUUACUGACUAGUGUUAAGUGUUGCAUGGGCCACAAAUGGAAUUCAAAAGUAUGCAUAAGGCACUGAUUACCAUAGAAUACUGAUAUCUUUAUUCAUCCAUUACUUUAUCACCUUUAUUAUACUCGCCCUUAGAUAUUGUGGAUUAUUUAUACUGUAAAAUAGAUAUAGUGACUAGUUGCAGUGCCAGGUUGUUAACAGUAUGAAGAUGAAACACAGAGAUCACAAUGCUCCCAGAGAACAAACAAAGCAAAUCUAAGCUGUUGAAGUGGUGAAAUGCAAAUUUCAUAUUUGUUUAUGUAAAACAUGACUGAGCUCUGUAGCAGAGAUGAAAUAUGUUCAGUUGACAAUCCCCUGACAAGGAACCAUUGUAAAAUGUACAACCUGUAUCUCUUGUUCUGAAUUUAUUCUCUGUGUAUGCUGUAAAAAUGUCUCCAUAGACUCUGGGACAAGUUGUAUAUUGUUAAAUUGCUGCUUCAAAUCAGUUUUGUAUCAUUAAAUCCUUUAUUUUAUCUCAAGCAUUUCCUGCUGAAUUCUGUGCUAUGUGUUUACUCUUUCCAAUACCUUCCUUCUUUCAUAAUGUUUCAGUUAUGUAUUAGAGUAUUUAAACAAUCAGUUGAUAAAACUUUUUAUACUAAUUUUCCUUUAAUGAAGAAUAAAUGACAUUGCUGAACUCUCCAUCAAACUGACAGGUAACAACACAUAGUAACAUCUGUGUUGAUCACCUUAAUGGAUCUGUUCUGGUUAAAGAGAUCUAAGGGAUCCACAGCUGAGUUGGUCCUGUGGAUCACUGUUCAGGACCUGAGUCUGGGGGUUUGGUGACUGACUGUGUGUCUGUCUCUCUUCCAACCGUAACUGAACCACAACUUCUCUGUGUCUCUCUACCCUUCACCCCAACCCUUCCUUGAUCCCCUUCCUGUUCCUGCUCCUCACCCCAACCCAUCAAAACCUCACCACCAACCAUCUUCAACCUCUUAUCACUAUCUUAACCCCCCCCAAACCUUCUCCCCACCACCACUAAAUGCUCCCCUCCUCCCAACUUCCACCUCCCUCUACCACACCUCCCUUAACCCCCUCCCUCUAUCCCACCCAUCCCUCUUCCCCAUCCCUUUACCAUGUCCAAUAGCUAAGACCCAGGAUGGCAUUGCCCUGGAGAUCCAGCCCCUGAAGAGUAACGAGGCGGCUGAGUCUGAGGAGAAGGAGCCUGAGGUGGAGGUGAAACGGGUGAAGAAGGUUCAGGUCAACAAGAAGGAGAAGUCUGUGCUGCAGGGCAAACUCACCAAACUGGCCGUACAGAUCGGGAAGGCAGGUGAGGACAGAGACGGAGAUAUACACACGCAUGGACACACAGACGGACAUUAACAGAUAUAGAUAGAGACGCGCGCACACUAGUGUUGCACGGUAUACCAAAACAUCUGUACUUUUUCGAUACUAGAACAUAGAAAACGGUUCGGUAUUAGAAUUUGUGUUACUUUCUGUACUUCUGUGUCUCACGCCGUCUACUGAGAGAGGUUCAGCAUAGUGCCUUCAGAAAGUAUUCACACCCCUUGAAUUUUUCCACAUGUUGCAGCCUGAAUUUAAAAUAGAUUAAAUUGAGAUUUUUUUGUCACUGGCCUACAAACAAUACCCCAUUAAAAAAAAAAAUACAAAUUAAUAAAAAAUACAAAGCUGAAAUGUCUUGAGUCAAUAAGUAUACAACCCCUUUGUUAUGGCACUCUGUGCAAUAAUGGUGGUUCAAAUUAUUUUUGAAUGACUACCUCAUCUCUGUAACCCACACAUACAAGGUCCCUAAGUCCAGCAGUGAAUUUCAAACACAGAUUCAACCAGGGGCGCAACUUUGGUUUUAGAAGUGGGGGGGGACAUAUACACUACUGGUCAAAAGUUUUAGAACACCUACUCAUUCAAGGGCUUUUCUUUUCUUUUUACUAUUUUCUACAUUGUAGAAUAAUAGUGAAGACAUCAAAACUAUGAAAUAACACAUAUGGAAUCAUGUAGGAACCAAAAAAUAUUGAGAUUCUUCAAAUAGCCACUCUUUGCUUUGAUGACAGCUUUGCACACUCUUGGCAUUCUCUCAACCAGCUUCACCUGGAAUGCUUUUCCAACAGUCUUGAAGGAUUUCCCACAUGCGGAGAUCAUCCGUUCACCCAUACCGCAUCUCACAAAGACAAAAACUUUUGACCGGUGGUGUAUAUAUAUUUGUAGUAUUUUUUCUUUUUCUUCAGUUGGACAAACACUCCAAACAGCCUACCCGACCGCUCGGAGGCGUCCACAUGGUCCUAUAGCACACCGUUGCCUCGUUUUGUAUCACAUUCCAAUGAUAAAACUGGGAGGGACAAUAAAUGCAAUUUUAGAAUGAAAUUGAAAGAAGGAAGGAUGUAGAGAAUAACAAAUAUUCCAGAACAAGCAUCCUGUUUGCAACAAGGCACUGAAGUAAUACUGCAAAAAAAUUGUAAAAGCAAAUAACUUUUUGUCCUGAAUACAGUGUUAUGUUUGGGGCAAAUCCAAUACAACACAUUACUGAGUACCACUCUUUCAAUAUUUUCAUGCAUAGUGGUGGCUGCAUCAUGGUAUGGGUAUGCUUGUAAUCAUUAAGGACUGGGGAGUUUUUCAGGAUAAAAAAAUUAAUGGCAAAAUUCUAGAGGAAAGCCUGGUUCAGUCUGCUUUCCACCAGACACUGGGAGAUGAUUUCACCUUCAGCAGGACAAUAACCUAAAACACACGGCCAAAUCUACACUAGAGUUGCUUACCAAGAAGACAGUGAAUGUUCCUGAGUGGCUGAGUUACAGUUUUGACUUAAAUCUCCUUGAAAAUCUAUGGCAAGACUUGAAAAUGGUUGUGUAGCAAUGAUCAACAACCAAUUUGACAGAGCUUGAAGAAUUUUGGAAAGAAUAAUGGGCAAAUACUGACAAUCCAGGUGUGCAAAGCUCUUAGAGACUUACCCAGAAAGACUCACAGCUGUAAUCACUGCCAAAGGUGAUUUUAACAUGUGUUGACUCAGGGGUGUGAAUACUUAUGUAAAUUAUAUAUUUCUGUAUUUCAUUUUCAAUACAUUUGCAAACAUUUCUAAAACCAUGUUUUCACUUUGUCAUUAUGUAUCGUGUGUAGAUUGGUGAGAAAAAAUACCUAUUUAAUCCAUUCUGAGUUCAAGGUUGUAACACAACAAAUUGGAAUAAAACAAGGGGUAUGAAUACUUUCUGAAGGCACUGUACAGCUGAAGCUAACAUCAAUUUACUACCCUAGUACCUUAUUUGUAAAAAUAUGCAAACCAUAACGCAAAAUAUUGCUGAUUUUAAAAGCUGAUUGUGACCAAAACUUUAUUCAUUCAUUAGUCUCCCCUGCCUCACGUCUCUCCCAGUCAAGAUGAUCUUUGCUUGAGCCUCGAACUGUGUGUGUGAAUGACGUCAUGGGACUCAAAGAAGAGAUUUCUUCUUCUAUGCAAAUGUUCUUGAUCAGUACAAUACAAUAAGUCCCAAAUGGAAACAGAUUGUUUUUCAUCUGUAGCCGCAUGAAAUCACCCAAAACUAGUGUGGUGGAAAUUCAACACCAGUGACACUUGAAGUCAAUAUUAAAUGAAUCACUCUUUAUUAUCAGUUAACUGGAGAGGUUCACAAACUCAAUAAAAGCUUGAUGAAAACUCUGACAAGGGCGUUCCCUUUCAGUCCUUAUAUACUGCUACACAAACAAGUCAUAUAAGCAUGAUUUACAUUAUUCAUUAUUAACGUUGGUUCCUGCAUUUGACUGACUGAUACCUCACAAGGCUUCUUCUCUCAAAGCUGAGACCUUGAAAAUGAGAUACUCCUUGAUCCCAGAGCAAUGUUCUGGGCGUACUGCCAAAUUGCUUAUCAGUGAUAUUCUGGUUUACUCAAUCAAUCAAUCAAUCAAUUUUAUUUUAUAUAGCCCUUCUUACAUCAGCUAAUAUCUCGAAGUGCUGUACAGAAACCCAGCCUAAAACCCCCAAACAGCUAGUAAUGCAGGUGUACUCCUGUGUGUAGUCAACCCUUCACUCGCAUGAACCCAACUAAGACAUGUAAUUACAAAGCAGCAUUAUUCUAAACAUACGAUCUGAUACACACAGAGAACAUUUCCAUCACACAAGCUCAAUAACUCAAUGCUUGCACACACUCCUAUUGAAUAUGCAUUCACCUGUAUUGUGAAUAGGCCUAGGCUACAUCUUGAUUUACCCAGUUUAUCAAUAGAGAUUUACAAUUUAAAUAAAUGAUUACCAUUAUAUUGUUAUGUAGUUAGAUUGUAUAAUUGAUUCUUUAAUGCAUACUUUCAAAAAUAACACAUUUUAAUGAUGUUGACCUCAAAAGAUCUGUUUGGAAGUGCCAUUCUGUGACUUUGGCUAAUACGCCUUCUUUUUUUUGCCGUGGUAUUGUUUUGGUAUCUGGUGUUGUGAUGGGAUCGAGUAUCCUGAUACUAAACUCUGAGAAAAAAUUCUGGUAUCACGGAAACACUAGCGCACACACACAGAGACAGACCAUGCAGAUUGGGAAGGCAGAUAAGGACAGAGAAGGUCUUAAAAACAGUUGGACCCUGAUACACAUUGUUGUUUCCUAUGCCCAGGUCUGAUCAUGUCAGCUGUGACGGUGAUCAUUCUCAUCCUGUUCUUCGUGAUUGACACAUUCGGGGUGCAGGGUCGUCCAUGGCUGAAGGAGUGUACCCCCAUCUACAUCCAGUACUUUGUCAAGUUCUUCAUCAUCGGAGUCACUGUCCUGGUGGUGGCUGUGCCUGAGGGGCUGCCCCUAGCCGUCACUAUCUCCCUGGCCUACUCUGUCAAGGUACACACACAGAGAGACGCGUGUGCGCACACACACGAUGCUGGUAGUGGCAGUGCCAAAGGGGCUGCCGCUUGCUGUCACCAUCUUCCAGACUUACUCUGUCACAUACACUCAUGAACACACACACAGCUCUAACCUCUACUGUCUGUCUUGUCUCCUGUUUAGAAAAUGAUGAAAGACAACAACCUAGUGCGUCACCUGGAUGCGUGUGAGACCAUGGGGAACGCUACGACCAUCUGCUCCGACAAGACAGGCACCCUCACCAUGAACCGUAUGACCGUGGUGCAGGCCUACUUGGGAGACACACACUACAAAAAAGUACCGGAACCUGACGUCAUCAAACCAUCCACACUUGAAGUCAUGGUCAACAGCAUCGCCAUCAACUCAGCCUAUACUACUAAGAUCCUGGUAAGAGAGAGACCCACACACGCAACCUCAAAUUGAACAAGCACUCACGAUAAACCUUCACCGCUUACUAUCACAAACACACACAUACACACACACACACACACACACACACAAACACACAGACAUGAAGCACACGCUAAUAUCGUCCCAGUCUUCAGUAAUGGUCCAUAAUGGAAUUUCAGAAAAAUGACGCUGCCUUCCAUCCCAUUCAUUCAUCAGCCCAUCAAUACCACUUUAGAUCAUCACACAAGAUUGAAGACACAGGCUUUAAAUAGCCCUUCGGAAUAGUUCCUUGGAGCGUAGCGCCCCAACAUAUCGAUCUCUACACAGUGUGCGCACAUCCAUACAAAAGCAGUGUCUUCUUCUCUAGUGCAUUUCUACAUGGUAUCUUUUACACUCUAUAUGAUGCAUAUCUCAAUGUUCCUUUUACUGUAUGUCUUCAUGAACUAUACAUGUUGGUAGCAUACAGUAUGUAGGGUAUGUGUAAUGUUUUGUUUGUUACUCCAGUCCCCAGAGAAGGAGGGAGGUCUGCCCCGCCACGUCGGCAACAAGACCGAGUGCUCCCUAUUGGGCUUCGUGCUGGCGCUGAAGAGAGACUACCAGCCAAUCAGGGACGAGAUUCCUGAGGAGAAUCUGUACAAGGUGUGUAGCUGCUUCAAAAUGUAUCAAUGACAUUAAUGGUGCAAUCUUUAACUUAUAUAUCUAAUAUAUAUAUGUAUAUAUAAAUUGUGUGUAUAUAUAUUGGGUGUGUGUGUGUGUUUGUUCCCUGUGGCCCCAAGACUAAAUGUUCAAAAACCUACUGCCCCUUAUUCCUACAGAGAGCUAACUUAUACACAAACUACUGUACUAUAGUAAUAUAGUAUAUUGUGAUAUUAUGAUAGUUAUAACUGAAUGGUGUGUUUCCAGGUGUACACCUUCAACUCGUCCCGUAAGAGCAUGAGCACGGUGUUGAAGAACACAGACGGUAGCGGCUUCCGCAUGUACAGCAAGGGAGCGUCCGAGAUCGUCCUACGCAAGUACGGACGGGUGGGAGGGAGAUUGGUCAUGUCUUUCAUUGAUGAAUGGAUACACAGAGAUAGACAAACAGAAAGAGUUGAUCAUCUGUGAUGUGAUAAUACAUUAUGAGUAAGUUGGCAAACAUCUCUCCCCCUUCCCUCUCUAGAUGUUCACAUAUCCUGAACAUGAACGGGGAGCCACGUAUCUUCAAGCCUAAGGACCGUGAUGAGAUGGUGAAGAACGUGAUUGAGCCCAUGGCCUGUGACGGUCUGAGGACAAUCUGUGUGGCCUACAGGGACUUCCCUGCCGAGGCAGGAGAACCAGACUGGGACAAUGAGGCCGACAUCCUCGACGAGCUCACCUGCAUCUGUGUGGUCGGCAUCGAGGACCCCGUCAGACCUGAGGUGGGACAGAAA